UUUUGAUAUCUAACGGGUUUGUUGAUGAAUCUUAGCCUGAAUUGUUCAGAGAAUAUCCUGAAAAACAAAAAAUAAUUUCUUGUUAACUUAAUUUCGGGUAAAUUAGAUACAUUCUCAAAAAAAAUUGGUGUUAUGAUUGUGUAAUUAAAACCUCCAGAAAUGCGUAUGUCCAUAAACACACCUGAAGACACCGCUGUGAACGAGCAGUUUAUCAAACUGGUGCAAGAUAAUCCUAUAUUAUGGAAUUUUCAAUUGCCGCAGUAUAGAAAUCGGGAGAUGAAGGUGCAAAAGUGGGCCCAAAUAGGUGCUCCAUUCAAUAUCUCUGGAAACGAUGCUUACAAAAAAUUUGUAGCUCUUCGAGAAAAAUAUAAACGCGAACAAAAACUUCGUGAAUCAAAAAGCAUAUCACCAAACGAAUGCUGGCGACUAUACGAGAACUUAAAAUUUCUUGAUACUGUGUCCUUCUCCCGAGAUCGAAAGAGUCAUAAGCCAAAGUUACUACUCAAAAGCCAAAACAGUUUUCCGAAUACGAUCGUCCAUCAGGAUUUUGCUUCGAUGAUUAAAACAGAACUAUCCGAAUCACAGCAUGAUUCUAUGUCAACUUCACCUUCCUAUCACAUGUCUAGGGCCCCAUCGGAAAAUGAAUUUAGCGAAACAUACCAAAACAGUAGCGUAUAUUUCAAUGAAUCGACCAGCCAAGAAAAUAUUUCUGAACACGAUGGAGGAGACAGCGAGGAGAAAAUGGAAAGCAUUCCUGUUGGAUCGGCAAGUUCGUCCCACACGCGACAGUUUUUUGAUCGAUUGGAAUCGAAAUCAAAUACAAUUUUAGAUGAUUGUAACCGGCGAACGAGCAGGUGGGCACGAUGUGAAACUCUCGGACUGCGCGUGGCCCAAACUAUGUUCGCACUAGAGGAGAAUGAUCCUGACCUAGCGCUUAAGUUUGAUAUUAUUCUAAGUGAAGCUAUUAGUAGUAUUAAAAAGGAUCAACUACAAAGGCUAAUGAGUAGACAACAGCAACGACACCUCCAUCAAGAAGUAACCAGGCAACAGCAGAUUUUUCAUAUACAACAACACGCAAGCCGAAACAGUGACAAUGGUACAGUACACGAACAAGAUCGAAAUUAAGCGAACCAUCACGGUUAAAGCUACAAUAAACAGCGAAUUAAACAAGCUCUUUGACGAAUAUGGCUGUUGAUAUUACAUUCAAUUUAUCAAACAGUUAUAAUCUUUUCCGAUAUUCAUUUUAAUUCAAACAAAAUGAACAAAUUAUAUUCCUAACAGUGGUCUGGUACAUAAAAUAUACAAAAAUCUGAAAGAUUCGCUAUGAACAGCGAAUACACGGUUAAGAAUUUAUUAAAUAAAGCUACGUGAUUCGAACAUGCGACAAUUAAAUUUUCAACGAAACGAUUCCGAUAAAUUUAAUAACACUGUCCUUUUUGUGAUGAAA